AUGACCCGCGGUAAGCUCAUUCUCAUAGAGGGCCUUGACAGAACGGGAAAGAGCACCCAAACUGCUAAGCUUGUGGAAAGCCUCAAUGGCGAGGCAUCGCUGGUCAAAUUUCCCGACCGUUCCACACAAAUAGGCGGUCUUAUCCACCAAUACCUAACCGAGCCAGAUUUCCAUCUUCCUGAUCAAGCUAUUCAUCUUUUGUUUUCCGCAAACAGGUGGGAAGUGGCCCAAACUAUCAAAAAAACAUUAGCGCAGGGCAAGCAUGUUGUGCUGGAUCGCUACGUUUACUCCGGCAUUGCCUAUUCUGCUGCAAAACAAACCCCAGGCAUGGAUUUGCGCUGGUGUGCACAGCCAGAUAAGGGACUCUUAAAGCCCGAUCUGACGUUUUUCCUCUCUAAUGCCGAAAGUGGUCUGCGACAAGGCUUUGGCGAAGAGAGAUACGAGUCUACCGAGUUUCAGGCCAAAGUACGUGAGCAAUUCGUCGCAAUCUUCGACACCUUUGAGGAAGCUGCAUACAAAAAAUCGCAUAUCGUAUUCUUGGAUACCACGAAUCAGUCCAUAACGCAGGUACAUGAGCUGGUCCACUCAGCCACUACUGAGUUCAUUCGGAAAAAUGCAGAGAUUGAUGAAUUUAUGUACUUUUAG